GUGAUUUGACACGUAUUAUGACUUUUCAAGUUUUGACAUUUCAAUUCUAACUGUGUGUGUGGAAUCUUGGCGGAAUCUACUUUCAUUUUGUAAUUAGAACAUUUUAUGAACAACACAGAAACUUAUAAGAAUGGUAGAUGAAGGUACGAGGAAGACGCUAAGUAGCAUUCCGUUGUUGAAAACUAAAGCAGGUCCAAGGGAUAAGGAGUUAUGGCCGACGAGAUUAAAGGAAGAAUAUCAAGCUUUAAUAAAGUAUGUACAGAACAAUAAAGAAGCAGACAACGAUUGGUUCCGGUUAGAAUCAGAUAAAACCGGUACAAAGUGGUUCGGCAAGUGCUGGUACGUUCAUAAUCUGCUGAAGUAUGAAUUUGAUUUGGAGUUUGAUAUACCUGUAACUUAUCCAACUACAGCGCCCGAAUUGGCUUUACCAGGUCUAGAUGGUAAAACGGCAAAAAUGUACAGAGGAGGUAAAAUCUGUUUAACAGACCAUUUCAAGCCGUUAUGGGCCAGGAAUGUGCCAAAGUUUGGUAUAGCCCAUGCUAUGGCUUUAGGUCUUGGACCCUGGCUAGCUGUUGAAGUUCCAGAAUUAAUAGAAAGAGGAGUUGUAAAGUACCAAGAAAAAUCGGACGAAGCGAAAUAAAUUGUUUUGUAUAAUAUUUGUAAAUAUAAUGUUUUAUAAAAUAAAUGACAACUUGUUUAA